AUAUUAUUAAUUACUACAACUGAGUAUUUUGAAUUUUAAUUUCAUUUCAUCAUCAUUCAUGUAUUUUCAGAUGCUUAAUGUUAAAAUAAACGAGACAAAACUUUAUAAGAUUUCGGUCCUGCAACAUGAGCCACUUAGAAGAUAUUUUAUACUCAAAAAUCAUCAUUGAAGAUCUUGAAGGUGUUAAUCAGUGUAUUUAUGAAGGUGUCAAUCCUAAUAAGGUGACUAAUCAUGGGAAGACUUGUCUGGGAGAGGCUGCAAGGCUUGGAAAUGUUAUCAUCGUAAAGAACUUAAUUGAUGCCAUAACAGAACCUGAGGCGGGAUCAGAAAGUAAUGUAUCUAAGAAGAGAACAGUAAAACCCCACAAAAGGAAAUAUCGAGGUUGUGGGCAUCAAGAAGAAAGUGUUAGCAAAUGUAAAAGUAGAACUGAAAGGACAUUUAGUGAAAGUCAUAAGAAUGAGAAAAACCAGGGCUAUUUUGUUCUUAUUAAUAGUGAUGGUUCAAGUAGCGAUGAGAGCCGUUUACGGUCACCAACAUGUACUUCCUUAGAGUCCACACCAGUUGAUUUAGAGUGGGAUGAAGAUUUUUCUAAUGUUGCUCCGCCUACUGUUGAAGAUGAAAGUUGGUGCUCUAUGUACAUGUGGUAUGCAGCAAUAUUGGAGAAUACUGGUGCUGCCAUCGAAGCUGCUUCAAAGUUUACUAAUGGUAUAAACCAACAAGAUGCAUUUAUGAGAACAGCUUUGCAUUAUGCAGCUGAACAAGGGCACACAGAUGUUGUAAACCUACUUAUAAAUGCAGGAAGCAAGCUCGAUGUUACGGCUGGAGACGGACUAACCCCCCUUCAUGCAGCCGUUAUUAAGAACCAUAUUGGAACUGUGAAGCUCUUAUUAUCAGCUGGGAGUCACGUAAACUACAAGACACAUGAAAAAAUGACAGCCCUACACUUUGCUGCAUCCAGAGGUUACCUAGAGCUGGUAAAGAUUCUGGUGAGUAACGGUGCGCAUUAUGAAGCAAGAGAUACGAAUGAGAGAACAGCUUUAUAUUUAGCAUCAGGCAGAGGUCACUACGAUGUUGUCAAGUAUCUUAUAUCUGUUGGUGCCAAUGUCAAUGGCGAAGAAAUACAUGGAUAUACCCCACUGUGUGAAGCUGUUUGGCAAAGAUAUGCUAAUGUUGUGGAAUUACUGCUAAAAUCUGGAGCAAGAAUAACACAUUCACAUAAAUUGUUACACAAUGCAAUACAGGGUCAGGAAGAAAUUGUCAGAAUGCUUGUCAAUCAUGGUGGUGGUAUUAAUUUAAGGAACGACACUGGUUACACCCCAUUAUUGCUAGCUGUGCGCCUGUCACAAAUACAAAUUGUAAAAGUUCUACUACAACAUGGUGCUAAUGUAAAUGCAUGCAAUAUUAUAACAGGUGAAAAUGCAUUGCAUAUCGCUAUUGAAAGCAUAAAAUGUCCCAAGGACUUUGAUGAGCUAUUGAUGUGUUUCCUUGAUUAUAAAAUUGAUUUAAAUUCAACUGCGUUGACAGGAGAUACUGCACUCAACAGGGCAUUGCUUAUACAAUGGGAUCAUGUAGCUGUUUCGUUGAUAAGACACGGUGCUGAUGUUAAUUUUUGUGAUCUACAGUCGUGUGGUUUAGAUAAUUUAUCGAUUGUUAGCAGAAGACCUUCAAAUAAACUUGCACAUUUGCUUAUAAAGGCAGGACACUAUCUACCCUCCCCCGACAAUAGAACAUCACAACAUAAGAAAGGUACAACAGCCCACUGGUUGCACCAAGUUAUUUGUAAGGAACCAUUAAAUCUUUUGGACCUCUGCAGACUUAAGAUUAGAAUGCUCUGUCACAGUAAACCACUGUAUAGUUAUGUAUCACAACUACCCUUACCAAAAUGUCUCAAGAGCUUUCUAAUGUUUCAACAUGAAUUUAAUAUCGAAUGUGAGGGGUCGAAACUAUUGAACAGUUGAAAAAUAAAACAUUAAUACUAGUUUUAAAAUUUAUUGCAACACUUAAUACAGUAGACGGUACAAAGUGUAAUUUGGAGGAAUUUUCUUUAUGUGGUAUACACAAAUAUUUAAAACAAUAAUUUUAUUCCUACACAACUAUCCUAAAACAUUAAAUUAUUAUACUAAAUAUUAAUAUGUUAGAAAAUAAUAGUUACUUUAUAUUCCUCACUGUUGUAUACUUUAAAAUAAUAUUCUAAAAAAAUCUUAUGUACUAUGGUGUAUUUGAAUCAGUUAUUUAUUUAAGAAUAUUAUAUUAUCUUAUAAACAAUUGUAUAUAUGUUAGCCUAUUAAAAAAUAGUAAUAUUGUUAUAUAUCACACAUAUAUUUGUGUUUAUCACUAUGACAACAAUCAAUCCAUAGACUCAUAUAUCCAGAAAGGCUUGAAUCCAGGGCCUGUAGAAUAAUAAAAAAAGUAUAAAGUAUAUAUUCAAAAUGGAAUUUUAUUGUUAACACAUGUAAGUGUUCACUAUGGCAAAAUAUUAUAAUACUAAUGUAGAACAUAUUUUUGAUGAUUUUGGUCCUAGUCAAACAGAUAGUAAAUAAGUACUUUAUAAGAUUGGAACAUAAAUAAAAGUAAAAAUGAUA